GUGUCAGCACGAUGGCUAUUUCUUCCCGAACGGCAGCAGCUGGCGUCCCGAAGUCUGCGUGGAGUGCCAGUGCCAAGGAUGGGUCAGCGUGUGCCAGCGUCAGCACUGCACUGACCCCGAGUGCCCGCCCCACCACGCCCUCUACCACAACCCGAAGUUCUGCUGCCCACAGUGCCUCCCGCCCGCCCUGCCCUGCCACGCCGGGGGGUCGCUCUACCAGGACGGCGAGGUGUGGUCCCUGGGCGGCUGCGAGCAGUGCCGCUGCGUGAACGGCACCGUGUCCUGCGGGCGGGCGCCCUGCGCCGUGACGACGUGCCCCGAGGGCCAGGUGGCACUGCAGGAUCCCGAGCAGUGCUGCCCCGAGUGUGUUCCUGUAGGCAUGCCAUGCCAAGAAGGGUCUACCUUGCAUGACGAUGGGGACUUCUGGUCGCCUGUAUCAUGCUCCCAGUGCCAGUGCCGGAAUGGACGCGUGCAGUGCUAUGUGGCACACUGCCCUCCCCUCACGUGCCCAGCUAACCACACACUUGAGGUGGCCCCAGGGUCUUGCUGUCCAACAUGUGAGGGAAACCCGUGUAUUCAGAAGGGAAUGGUAUAUGGGUCUGGAGAGCAGUGGCGAGAAGGAGACUGCCGAGAGUGUGUUUGUGUGGCUGGGCGGGUUCAGUGCCAUGACAUGCAGUGCCCUGACCUGCAGUGCCAAGUAGAUGAGAAGCCGUACAAAGAGGAAGGCAGCUGUUGCCCAACAUGUGUCAAAAAGCAAGGUUGGUGUCUAUUGGAAAGUGGUGUGCGACAAGCCCCAGGAUCCGUCUGGAACAUCAGUGAAUGUGAAGUGUGUGCUUGUAGAGAUGCCCAGGUUGUCUGUAAUGAGGUGAGGUGUGAGUACAGCCAGUGUGGACCUGGGGAAGAAUUGGUGACGAGACCUGGUGCCUGUUGCCCUGAGUGUGCCAUCAAUCUCAACCUCUGCUUCCAUGAUACCAGACUCAGACAGGAUGGUGAGGUGUGGAGUUCAGGAAGCUGUCGUGUUUGUUCCUGCAAUUCUGGCAAGGUUACCUGCCACACUCCUGCCUGUGCCCCAUGCCCUCCAGGUCUGGCUCCUGUGUCAAGCACAUCAGAUGAUUGUUGCCCUGAGUGCCAACCUCUGACAUGUCCUCCCAACUGCAUGACCUGUGUGCCUGGUUCUCCUAACCCCACUUGUACCAUGUGUGAAGAGGGGCAUUACCUCCAGGAUGGGACUUGCAUCUCUUCUUGUCUGGAGGGAUGGUUCCAGCAGGGUGGUGUGUGCCUGGCAUGUCAUCCCUCCUGUGCUGCUUGUAAUCAGGCUACCAGAUUCCACUGCAGCAAGUGUCACCUCGAGAGCAUGCUGCGUGAGGGCGAGUGUGUCUCAGACUGUGGAAGAGGCUUCUACCCAGAGGCUGAGUCUUGCUUCCCUUGCCAUAGUUCCUGUGCAGAAUGUUCAGGGCCUGAGGCUAACCACUGUCAGGUGUGCCAAAGUGGAGCCUAUCUCCAUGCUGGCACUUGUGUCACCUCAUGCCCAAGAGGAUAUUAUCCCAGAGAACGGGUGUGCGAGGUGUGUGAGGAACACUGUGAGAAGUGUGGAGUGGGCGAAUGCCUGCUCUGCCAGGAUGGAUUCUGGUUGCAGGAUGGACGCUGCCUUGACCAGUGCCUGCCUGGACACUACCAAGGCCCUCACAACACUUGCCUCAGCUGUCAUAGUUCAUGCGGGACCUGUGAUGGACCAGGAAUAUUAUCCUGCACUUCCUGCCCACACUACUUGCUGAAGAGUGGUUCAGCUUGUGUGGAAAUGUGUCCUAGUGGGCACUACAUGGGUGCUGAGGAGUGCCUUCCCUGUGACUCUGCAUGCUCACAGUGCCUGGGUCCUGGAGAACACAGAUGUGUUGAGUGUAGCAAUGAUAAACAGGUGGUUGUACUAGUCAAUGGAACAGCUGGUGAAUGUCAGGAUACAUGUCCUGAAAAUCAAAAGCUGAUGGAUCACAUUUGCAUCAGUGGGUCGAAGGGCUGCAAGAACUGGCAUGUGUCAGAGCCAGAGUCAUGCCUUGAGUGCGAAGACGGCUGGCUCUUCCAGGAACAGCGCUGUGUCAAGGAAUGCUCUGGUGGCUUUUUCCAGCAAGAAAGUGGAAACGUUUGUUUGCCCUGUGAUCCAAGAUGUGAGACUUGCUCUGGACCAAGCCAGAAACACUGUCUAAGUUGUCAUAAGAAAGCCACACUACAUGAAAGAGGAGAGAGUGCUGAGUGUCUCACGAAAUGCUACCGAAGGACCUUUUUAGCUGAAGACAAUACUUGUCAGACCUGUCACAAGUCAUGUGAGGCGUGUGCACCCGAUCCUGGCAACAGCACCCUCUCCCUCUGCCUGCAGUGUAAAGGGAAACGCAAAAUCCCUCAAGGACAAGAAUGUGUGAACGUCUGUCACAGGGGCCAUUUCCACCAUCAAGUACUGGACAGGUGCAUCAAGUGCCAUCCAAGUUGUGCCACUUGCAAGGGUGAAGCCUUGAAUGAUUGUAUAAGUUGCCAUGAUCAUGCAGAGUUAACUUCUGAGGGUACUUGUGAAGAAACCCAGUGCCCAAGAGGAUUCUACGCCUCUGGUGAUGGGGGUUGCAUACCUUGUCAGGGUGAUUGUGACACCUGUAGCAGAGAUGGAACCAUUUGCAUCACCUGUCCUCCUCACCUUCAUUUGCUCUAUGGCAAGUGUGUCACCAAGUGUCCACACAUGUUUUAUGCGGACGAUUCAGCUGGCGGUGAAUGCCAGGAAUGCCACUGGACUUGUGAGGAAUGUCUUGGCCCCACAGAGUCUGACUGUUUGAGUUGUGCUGUGAAUAUGUUCCUUGAGGGAAACAAGUGUCUACCACAGUGUUCUCCAGGUCACUAUGCCAUGGGAAAGACAUGCAUGCCAUGCCCAGCUGGCUGCACAGCUUGCAACAGCAGUUCUGAAUGCCAGGCCUGUCAUUCCCCAUACCUGCUGCAAGAUGGGCAGUGUUCAACAUCAUGCAAAUCUGGAACCUUUGCCAAUGUGUUCAAUAAUAACUGCAACAAAUGUGGGGAACACUGCAUGAGUUGUUCCUUGUACGAGUGCCACGAAUGCCUCCCACCGUACCUGCUGCAAGAUGGUCAGUGUGUGGACAAGUGCAGCAAGGAUUACUUUCCAAGCAAAGAUGAUGGCAUCUGUUACUUUAAUAUGAAAGCACCCACUUUGAGGAUCUUAGCCCCCUUGGUUGCUGAGCACAACAGACCUCAGAUAAUCAAUGGGUCUAUCAUAUAUGUCCAAGAUGCUGACACCCCCAACAACCGUCUGAAGAUCAUUAUAGUGGAACCACCCUCUAAUGGAGUCAUUUUCAAGGUCGGGGGAGGAAAGAAGAUGGUUAUGAAGAAGGGGCAUCAAUUUGCGGUUGAAGACAUGCAUGAAAACAGAAUUUUGUAUAAGCAUGAAUCAAAUCGUCCUCUGUAUGGGGAAAUGAGCCUGCGUGUGACUGACGGACAUUUUCGUUCAAGCGUUGAAAUGAUAUCUGUAAAUGUGAUCUCGAAAAAUCAACCAGAAAUAGUGACCAAUGAACCUCUGAUUGCAGUCCGUGGUGGCAGCCAAGCCAUCACCAGCAAAAUACUGGACAUCCGCGACCAGGACAAUAGUGAGAGUGUUACAGUAACAGUUGUGGAUGGGCCAAAGAAUGGCCAUCUCUCUGUCAGAGGAGAAGAGUUGGUUUUGUUCAACUUGCAAGAACUAGCCGAAGGUGUGGUUAUGUACACUCAUGAUGGCUCUAAUGUUACAUCAGACAUGGUGCUUCUGCAGGCAUCAGAUGAACACACAGUGGUAAACUUCCUCUUUCAAGUGUACAUUGUGGAUCAUGAGAAAAGCAUCCCUGUGUUGGUGAAGAAUCGUGGUGCUAAGGUUCAGGCAGGGCACCGUGUCCAGAUCUCCCCUCAGUUACUCCAAGCUGCAGAUAUCGACUCUGACAAUGGCAACUUGGUGUAUGCCCUUCUCCCCAUGCUCCAAAACCCAGGUCAUGGCAAGUUGAUUUUGAUGAUCCCAUUGCCACCUGCCCCAGAUGGCUUCUACAAUGAUGGCUGGACACAGAUGGACGAGUCGCACCUUAUUCGCCCAACAACCAGCUUCACCCAACGCGAUGUGAAUGAGGGUCGAGUGUGGUACAUUCACACAGACAAGCAGGGGCAAGACAGUCUCAUCUCAGACCAGUUACUGUUCUCUGUAGCUGACAGUUCUCACCCGCCCAACAUCCUCUCUGAUCAAGCCUUUGUCAUCCAGGUUGAACCAUCUAAUGAACCCUCUGAAAUGUCCCCAACACCUGGUGUUCAACUUGAUAUUACGGUCCAGGAAGGGCAAGCUGUCAGCAUCACACCUCAGUACCUGUCCUUCUCAGGUGGAAAAUCUCCAGAACACAUUACAUAUACCAUCACACAACCCUUGGGUCCAUACGAUGGCUCACUUUUCAAUAUCGACUCGCCAGGUCUUGAGUUGAGGCAGUUUACACAAGCUGACAUCAAUGAUAUGAAAAUAAUCUAUAUGCCUCCUCUUGGUGACAUUGGUGAUGAAGAUAAAUUCUUCAGCUUCAAAUUUGUCGUGAGUGACCAGAUGACAGGAGAGCCAAGUGGUUUGCCGGAACAGAAGUUUACAAUCCACGUGGUCCCUUUCCAGGGCUCUCAGCUGGCCUUUACUCAUGAGAACCCUGAACUUAUCAUUCAGAGUCGGGAUUCAGUAUUGCUUGAACCACAGUUCUUCGAGCUGAAAAACUUGGAUCAGAUUGAGGAGAUUGUGUUUAUAUUACUAGAGGCUCCUCAGCAUGGUACCAUCACUCAGGAGAUUAAUGGAGAGUCCUUUAUGUUUACAGAACAGGACAGUUUCACCAAAGAUGAAGUACUGAAUUCCCGCAUAAUGUACACACACGAUGGAUCAGAGUCAAGCUACGACUUCAUAGUGAUACUUGCCCUUGGUCAUUCCUCUGAAGCCAGCUCUAGGAUCUCCAUCACAAUCAGACAUGAAGACGACAGACAGCCAACGAAGAGUGAAAACGCCUCCUUCUCUAUGACUCUGAGGGAAGGGGAGUCCAGAGUUCUUAGUAGGCUGCAACUUUACUUCACUGAUGUCCACUCUCCCGAUGAGGACCUUGUAUAUACCCUUACGAGCCAGCCUCUGUACGGAGCUCUCACCAUCCUUCAGCCAACUGGAUUCUCUCAAAUGCUCAACCAAACACACAAGUUCACGCAAGCUGAUAUAUUAUACGGUCUCAUCAACUAUACUUCAAAUGUGGAAAUCGGGAUAUCGGAAGUCAUGGAUAGCUUGGUGUUUAACGUAACUGACCCUAAUAAUAACGUAUUGAGUAACCAGGUGUUAAAAGUGAGGAUCCAGCCAGUUGACAACCAGGAGCCUAGAGUAACUGUUGGACCAGCAGUGGAGGUGUUGGAGGGGGGGAGUGUUGUGCUUCCUCCGUCCACUGUCAUGGCUACUGAUGCUGACACACCUCCAACGGAACUUAGGAUCAUUAUUGAUGCACCUCCAAUAUUUGGAUACAUUACUAAUACACUUGCAGUCCCUUCCCUAGAGCCUAGAAGCAGUCCAGGGAACACCUCUCCCAUGCUAGAAUUUACUGUGGGUGAUGUCGUUGCUGGACGAGUGGCUUACGUGCAGUCACAGCACCGUCAUCAGGAGCCCACACAAGAUUCACUACUUUUCCACGUGAAUGAUGGCAUUAACUCGUCUCCUACCAUGAGAAUCAAUAUCACAAUACAGCCUGUAAAUGACGAGUCACCGGUUAUUUUGGGAGAGCAAGUCAUACUGGAACAAGGCCAGACCAUUGUCAUCAGGAACCAGUCCCUCUUUAUAUCAGACACAGACACGGAACCUGAAGACCUGAUAAUCACUAUCCAGCAGUCACCUUCCCAUGGGUCUGUACAUAAGAAGACAUCACCAUAUGUAUCCAUUAAGAAGAGUGAACUGCUAAGUCGAGGCCAGAAAUUUACCUUCAGAAACCUUCUGGAUGAACUUGUCUUAUACAGUCACGAUGGUUCUCGAGACCCAGAAGAUGUCAUGGAAAUUAUGGUAAGUGAUGGUAACCACGAAACAGGAGGCAUCAUUGAAUUCAUCAUUCUGCGGAAGACUGACGAAGCUCCAAGACUAAGACUGAACCAUGGCCUCACACUGAAGGCUGGUGAGGUGUCUCUGAUCUCUCCAUCUUUGCUUAUGGCAGAGGAUGAGGACUCGGAAGUGGCCAAGAUAAAAUACGUUGUGACGAGACUUCCCACAUCUGGGAAUGUUGAACUGUUCGAGCAGGAGGCGAACGCUUGGAGGCCUCUCACUGUGGGCUCAGUUUUCAUGCAGGAAGAUAUCCUCAAUGGCAAUGUGAGGUUUUCCCACCAAAAAGACACUCAGGCUGGGACAGACACACUGCACUUCAACCUCCAAGACACAGAAGGCAACGUAAUGAUGGACCAGGCUCUCUCAAUCACCGUGCUGGAGGACAAAGUUCCGCCUCGCAUCACGCUCAAUGUUGGUCUCUCGCUUAUGGAGGAUGCCUCAGCUCCCAUAACUGCUGAUCUCCUGUCUGCCAUGGAUGCUGAGAUGGACCCAAUGGAAUUGGUAUUUAUGUUGACAAGUGGUCCUAACCAUGGGCAGCUAGAGCUCGCAACAGCCCCUGGAAAAGCAGUGACCACCUGGACACAAGGAGCACUAGAGUUAGGAAUCCUGCGCUACCAGCACCAGUCUGCAGACGAGAGCCCAACAGAUCAGUUUACUUUCGUGGUUUCAGAUGGUUAUAACAAUGCCAGCCAGUCCUUCCACAUCAACAUCAUUCCUGUAGAUGAUGAGCUUCCUCUUCUCGUGCUGAAUCACAUCAAGGUACAAGAAGGAACAAGAAAAACUAUAUCACAAUUUGAGAUCGAAGCGUUGGAUGCUGACACCAAGGAUGACCUCAUUAUAUUUGAAAUUACAAGACAACCUCGCCAUGGGAGUUUACAGAUCAAGAAAGGAGACAAAUAUAUAGAUACUAAGACAUUCAGCAUGAGAAACUUAUACAGUGGAGAUGUGUCCUACCUCCAUGAUGGCUCUGAUGCCUCUCGAGAUUCCUUCAAAAUCAAAGUUUCCGACUCGACUAACAGCAUGUACAUGAAGGGGAGAGGAGAAGAGGCCACACGAGAACCUUCCACAGUGCAUAUUGAGAUCUCCUCUGUGGAUGAUGGAACUCCCAUUAUCACAGCAAACACAGGACUGCAUUUUCUCCAACAUGAGGAUGGCAAGGCUCAGAACAUCAUAACAUCACAUGAGCUACAUGUAGAAGAUGAGGAUACAGCUCCCGAGAGUCUCAAGUUCACAGUUGUAGCUCCACCCAGUCACGGGGUUCUCAGGCUCACCACUCAUGAACGACCUGUCAUGUCAUUCACACAAGCUGACAUCAUCUCUGGUCAUCUCUACUAUGAACUCACUACGUAUGCCCAGUCAGUAACAAGUGAUCACUUUACCUUCGAGGUAACCGACAGCAAGCCAAAUACAGUGACUGGAAAUGCUUUUCACAUUCAGUGGUCCUGGUUUGUUGUUGCUCAGAGGGAGUACAAUGUAACAGAGUCUGAUGGAGAGGCAAAAGUACUAGUAAAGAGAACAGGAAAUCUAAAACAGCCAUCAGUGGUCACCUGCGCAACACACACAGGGUCUGCCAGUGGUGGAAAGGGUAGGGCAAGAGGAGAAGACUUCACAGAAAUUACUGAACCCAUAGAGUUCGGAGAAGGUGAGACAGAGAAGUACUGUACAAUACCAAUACAUGAUGAUGAGGAAUUUGAAGGGCCAGAAGUCUUCACUGUCAAACUUACAGAUCCAAAUUAUGCCUUGAUUGGGAAGCCUAAAAAAUCUGUGGUGACCAUCUAUGAUGAGGAGGACAAGCCAAAGGUAGAGUUUGAAACCAAUACUUUUGCAGUUGAUGAAACAGAGGGAUUUAUUUUUGCAAGAUUAAGACGCACAGGUGACCUGAAUGUUCCUGCAUCUGUAAUGUGCCUUACUAAGGAUGGAUCAGCUAUGGGAUCAGAGCCUAAUCAGCUGACAAGUGGAACCGAUUUCAUUCACCGGAACCCUGAUGAAUCUUCCAGAGUUGUAUUUCCUCCUGGGGUUAAAAUGUCAACUUGCAAUGUAAAGAUCAUUGAUGACCCUGAAUUUGAAGAUAAUGAAGACUUUAUGAUAUAUCUAAAAGAUCCCUCAGAUGGAGUGAUCCUUGGGGAGAUUCAUGAAGCAAUAGUGAGAGUUAAGGGAGCCAAUGAUGAUUGUAAAAUAAAACUGACACAGACACAGUACAAUGUCUCCGAGAGUGAAACUGCAGUGUCGGUAACUCUGGAUAGGACAGGCAUUGACCUCAACUACUCCUCCAGUAUUUGGUGUGCAACCAAAGCCUUCCAACCAGAGGAGGCCCAGCCCUCUCUGGAUUACAUUCCUCACUCAGAACAGGUUAUCUUUCCUAGUGGAGUUCAGACUGCUGUUUGCAAUAUCAAAAUUAUUGAUGACAAAGUAAAUCCAAGGCUUGAAGGACCUGAGAAAUUUGUGGUGUUUAUCAGCACAGCACAAAAUGCAUCUAUAGACGCCUCUGCUGCAGAGGCAGUUGUGACAAUACAAGAUGACGAAGAUGCACCAUCCAUGCAGUUUACUCUACCUGAAAUUAAAGUAAGAGAGAACCAGACUGUUGUGAAGAUACCUAUUCAACGCACAGGGGAUUUAAGCAGAGUGUCAACUGUUUACUGCUUCACACGACAGCGCUCGGCAAAAGCAGGCAUUGAUUUCAUAGAGAGACCGAACACAAAAGAUUCAAUGGUCACUUUUCCUAGGGGAGUCUCAAAAGUAGAAUGUGAAGUGGGCAUCCUGGAUGACUUAGUGUUUGAGAAAGAAGAAGAAUUCAUUGUGAAGUUAUCUCACCCUGAAUCCCCCUCGCAUCUACAGCCAACUGUGGGAGAAAACAAAAUCACACGUGUCUCCAUUCUAGACUGGGAGGACAGGCCUAGGGUAUCCUUCCAGAGAAAUGACUACACAGUGGCCGAGCCCUUGGCUGGGGAACUAACUUCAAAGUUCAAUAUCCCCAUCAUCCGGCUGGGAGAUGUUUCUCAGGUUACAAGAGUAAUGGUGUCUACUAGAGAUGGCUCAGCUGCUUCAGGCACUGACUAUCAUCCACUUCAUGCAGAGGUUGAAUUUCCUCCAGGCAAUACCUCCAUUGACAUGGAGCUGACCAUUGUGCACAAUCCUUCACGUCAGUGGCAUGAGACCUUCAGCCUGGUGUUAGGACCAGAGGAACCAGUUAAUGCAGAGCUGGGAACUAUCACAACAGCUGCAGUGACCAUUCUCGACCACAAGUCUUCGGGUAGUUCUGUCCUGCCAGCACCACCAGUAGUGACAUCACUUCUGCACUAUGAUAACAUUGAGGAGCACCUCGGAGAGCCUGCAAGUCCUGGGUACCCACUGGUGUGUGUAACACCCUGUGACCCCAAAUACCCAGAGAGUGCAAAGACAGCAGAAAUGUGUGCUCAGGCUGGACUGAAUGCCUCCCAGAUGCAGUAUUCAUGGGAAGUAGCUAUUCCUGCAGAUGGUGAUGGACUUCUAAUGCCAUUCCACUCUCUCACAGAUGACACUCUUUUUGCCAGUCCAAACACCAAAGUCUUGGAUUCCAUGUUCUUUGCUAGGCAUUUCCGUGUCCGUUGUGUAGCUCAGCCAGUGCGCAGUGAUGGAGUGUUUGGCAUCCCCCUGCGGAGUAAACCAAUCUCUAUUGGAAUCCAUAAUGGCAUUUGCCAAACACCACUGGUUCCUGGCCAGCCUGGAGGUUUCCAAAGCCAGUCCUUCAUAGCUACACUCUCGUACAUAAACUCCACAGAUGAAAAGCAUCCAAAUACUGUCAAGAUCCAUGUUGAAAUACCUCACCAGGAUGGCAUGGUGCCCAUCGUCUCAACCCUCCCCGUCCAUAACCUCCGCUACUUGCUGACUGAGCAGCUGUACCGUGUCCAUCACACCUGUUCUAACAUGGACCUCACAGCUGGGUUCUUGGCUGAGGCCCAAGAUCAGCAUCCCAUCAACCCCAGACCUUAUCAGAGUGACUCCAGGCUAAGAGAGAAAAAGUCACUGGAGUUGUAUCAACACCUGGAUCUGAAGACUUGCAUGUGGACUUUCUCUGCUUGGUUCUCAAUGUCACAGUUGGUGGACCAGUGUGGUGGUCAAGUGGUCUCCGAUUUUCAGGUUGGAUCUGGUGGACAGAGCUUCUUAACGGUUCGUGUUCCUCUGUAUAUAUCUUACGUGUACGCAGCAUCACCACCAGGAUGGGCUUCUCUAGACCAUCGCACUGAACUCUCGGUAUCUUUCUACUAUAAUACUCUCCUCUGGCAUCAAGGUCUUCACACCCAACCAACACUGACAGCUAAGAUACAGGUGACAAGGAUAUCCAUAGAUGAAUCUGGGCGUCUUGUGAUAGACCUGAAGACAGUAGCGAAGUUCCGUGGACAGUUUGUGCUCCAGCAUCCUAAUCUGGAAGACCACACCUCAAGGCUAGUGGCACCUGAGGACCUUGAGAUACAGUUCACGCUGGAGUUAAUGUGGACGGCUUCCACAUGGGAUGGGCCAGAGCAGGUAUGGCGAGCCACCAGUGAAUACAACUUGAAGGAUUACACGGGUAAAUACAAACUGGAGCUCAUACCGUGCACAGUGACACCCACACAGGGCUACUCGGAUGCGUCACCACCCGCCUGCACCCCACACCCCCCAACGACGUUCCCCCUCCCAAUUGCCAUACAGCAGACUCACCGCCCUGUGCCUCUUAUUUACACACUCAAUACAGACUUCCAGUUGUUCAAUAGCGAAACCAUGUUCCUCAUGGACCCCAAGGAUGUGGAUAAUUUGCAGGAAGUGGAUUACAAAGGAAGCUACGGUCCAGGACAAACUAUAUAUGGAAGAGUUCUCUGGCACCCUAGCCAAGAUCUGCACUCUGCUUACAAACUCUACAUCCAGCGAGUGUUCCUAUGCACCGGUGCGGAAGGAUACGUGCCUACCUAUGACCCCACUGGUGAGCUGUAUCAGGAAGGACCUCAGUACGGAUGCAUUCAACCCUCGAGCAAGCUGCGCCAUAGGUUCCUCAUCCUUGACCGAGAGCAUCCUUAUGUAGAAGAUGGCAACCUCAGCAUUCCAAAGAUUGAAGCCAACUUUGCUGAGGACCUUCCUGAAUAUGAGACUUUGCAUCAGUUCUCAGGUGUUGAUGGUUUCUUGCUAAAGACGGAUGCUUUGUACGAGGUUAAUUCAGGUUAUCAGUGGUAUCUCCAGGUCCUAUAUACCAUUGGCCCGAGCAGUAGUCGCAGCCGAAGAGAUGCCCCAUUGCACACAAUUCUAUCUCAAUUCCAGUCAAAAGAGAACGACCAUAGGCGAACACUUGUUAAAAGAACUCUCACAGACCUAUCAGAAGAUUAUGUGAAAGAGGAAGGUGAAGAAUUGCCAACACCUGCUUUUCUCAGGUCCCUCCAUACACGUAAUGGAACAAAUAUGCGAGGUUUCCAGUUGGACACGGGUUCAAAAAUGGAUGACGGUUCCAUUUUCCUCAAUGUGUUGUAUGUCAUUGUUGUUUUAGUUGUCCUUCUGGGCAUAAUUAUUGCUGGGUUGCUCCUGGUGAAGAGACAUUUCAGAAAGUCGGAAAAGGACAAAGUGAUUGUUGUGCGAAGCCUAAAGAAUGAGAGAGAGCAGUUCAGAAGGAAGGGAGAAGGAAAGAUUCAAGAGAGACCAAAGACACUGCCCCCUCACAUGACCCUGAACAGUGAGAGCAACUUACAGACAGUCAAGGUCAAAACAUUAGCAAUAACAGUAAGAAAUAAUUUGGAAGAUGAAGGAACAGAAGUGUAAAGAGGAAAUAGCAUCUAGAAGGGGGAAAAAAUCAAAAGUUCCUCACAGGGUCAUGUCUGAUAUGCUGCAUACAUGUGUUGAGACUUUACUAAUACUGAGAUAGAGACUUGUGUAGUGACCAGACACUGAACAGUUGUGACAUGAAAACCUGAAGGAAAUACAUGAAAAACAGUGAGAAUUGAGCUUGAAUCUCUAUAAAUCACUGACUUGAAGUUUCAUUAGAGAAAAGAAAAGAGCAUGUUUUUUUAUAUUGUAAAUACAAAUGGUUUAAGAUAAAGUAUCCAGAACCCACUGCAAGCUGAUGCUAAUUUCAUUAAAUACUGAAAAAGGUUACCAUUAAGAUGUGACACGUUAGAUUUACGUGCAACAUGACAAAGUUAACAAUUCACAGUAAAGCUUAUGUAAUUCACAUUUUUCAUAUUUUUAUGAUCUUUCACCUUUAAUUCAUGACUUAAUUUCUUUCUUACAACUACUCUGGUGCCCUCUCUACUUUUUUUACUAAGUUCCAAUGCAUACUUAUGCUGUGGACAAGUUAGCAUUUAAAUGAGUUUGGCAUCACCCUAGUCUUAUGUGCAAAUGUUCCAGGCUUGUUAGUUACCAAUAACUUGCUUUAUUGUAUGGCUACAUUGUCAAUAGUAAGCCUAAAUCCACUUAUCAUAUUGAAGAAUUUUGACUUGUACCAAAAUAAAAAUAUUACUGUACUGUCAGUUAAGGCACACUAUAUUAUAGUGUCCACACAUUCCCAGUGAGUGCAUUAACAGUUAUUCAAGGAUUUCAGUAAACAGCAGCCUGAACUUUAUCUGAUCUCACGUGAUAUGUUUACAGGUGAUGUAAAUCCAUAAACUGCAUUUCUUUAUUUCACAUUAUGAAGUUCAGCACAAAUUAAUCACCACUUAUGUGUAAUUUCCAUAACUAGUCGGUAUCUCCCUUAAGGUCUGAGCUGUGUUGUAGUUUGCGGGCCUCUAUUUUAUAUGAUAUGAGUCUAUUAGUGCCAUACAGUUGUGUUCCUAUGUCAUUAGCCUAUUCAAUUUACUGUAUACUUGACUGCAUUUACUUGAAAAUAAGGUUUAUAAAAUACAGGAAAAUAUAAGCAACAAUGAAGAGGGUGAAUUGGUGUAAAAGCAGAUGACAAGAAAAGAAAGGUUUUCAAUUUCUCUGUCCUUUACCAAAAAGUCACUAUAAUUUAGUAUUCCAUAUGAUAAUAGUAAGAAAUUGAACAAAUAGCCCUAUGGAAGUGUAUUUUUAUGACCAAUGAAGUUGAUCUAUCAACAUUUGAUAAGUUUACAGGUGUGAAAAUGUAUUUAUUUCAUUCACAUGAAAGACAGUUGGUUUUAUUUCUUGUAAUUUUGUAAUAUAUUUGUAAAAUUGCAUGAAUGAUAUCCAAUUGCUAUUUAUUAAAUUUGUGAGAUGUAAUAUUAAUAAUGACUAUGUACAAGAAUAUUCUGGAGACAGCAAGUUACCUUUAUAAUCACAAUGGGUUCAGUGUUUAUAGCAUUGGUUUGAGGUUGUGAGAUAAUAAACACCAAUUAAUGCUUUUACAGAUUUCCUUCUAUACCCAUAAUGAGAGUAUGGAAUAAGAUCAUAAUUUUCUUAAACAUUGCAAAGUGAUAUCACAUCUGUGAAACCGUGAACAAUCUCUUCAUAUGGAAUAUAAAAAGAAAAAGAAGCUUACACCCAAUCCACCUUAUAUUCAAGUAAAUACAGUGCACAUGUAUUUUUCAUGUUUAUUUACUACAUCCAUGAACCAUAUUUUGGGAUAAUGGCCCAUUUGUUGUAGUCUCAAACGCAUUUACUGUUUAACCCUGCAGAAGUAUAGUCAUGCAAUGCAGGCAUAUUGAACUUAAUGAACAAUGCUUGCAGGUGCUAUUUCUAGUUUAUUUACCAUUGGAAAUUAAGAGUAAUCAACACAAUUAAUGUCUAGGCACAUUGUUUAUGCUGCUGGUUCUGUGUACAAGUUUCUGCAUUUCAGAGAAACAUCAUCAUUCUGAGCCAGUCUGAACCUGGUUGUCUUUUAAGGGGACACUUCAUCACUUAAUUAUUCUCUCAGGUGUAAGAAGACACUGCCAUUGUAAUAACUGAUAUUUGAAUGUUUAUUUAUUUAAUAAAGAAUGAAUAUUAGUUUUGUUUGCCCUACAUUAUGACUGUAUAUGAAAAAAGAAACUAGGACCGCUACACACUCUUAAAUUUUAAGAUAAUGUUCAUGACUGAUUGUAGCAUGAGUCUAUUCCAAGAGAGAAAAAAUGUUCGUGAGAUUGUAAAUAUAUUCCCAAUGUUAAUAUUUUUUCACAUAAACCUGAGUAAAUACCUAUGGAAGUAAUAUCUGUGCAAUAUUUUAGACAGACGGACAGAUAGAUAACCUUUAGCUUCCAAAUCCAAAAAGCUCAUAAAAAAGCAAUAAAUUCUUUCUGAAUAA